AUGCCGUCUCACUCAACAUCGAGAGUCAAGAAACCAGCCCCACCGAGGAAAAAAGCCUGCCAAAGCUGCACUGCUGCCAAGGUACGAUGUGGCCUGCAAAAGCCUGCUUGUUCGCGAUGCCGGGCUCGGGGCAAGCAGUGUCAAUAUCCGACGGGCAACGUCGGAUUGCAUGCCAAUGACCCAGUGUCUCACAAGACCAUAUCAUUCCACCAAAGCGGCGAUGAUGGAUUAUUUCUGGGAAAUCUCUCGGUCUCAUCGGUGGAAACACUUCUAGAUUCAGAACCCGUCGACGCUUCUACGCCGCAAGCCAUUCCUUCUCAACGCGGUACCAGGUCAGGAAGCGCUCACCCUCGCGUAGAGGCGAAUUUGGAUUUCGAAAACAUUGAUCUGGCUCCAAUGGUUGAUGCAGAAGAAAUUCGGGACCGUUGGCUACGCCCAUAUCUCUUCACUUCGAUGGGACAGGUCCCUAAGCUCUUUCACCCGUUUACCGUGCAGUAUCUCACCUGCGUCUUGAGAUCGUACCCAGGCUACUUACUGGAUUUGUCUCAUGCACCGCCAUUCAUUCAUCCUCGUCAAUUAGCUAGCAAGCGCCCGCCCCAGGCCUUGGCAAACUGUUUCAAUCUGGCGCGCAUGUGGAUGAACCGGGUCCCGGGCAGCGAGAGAAUGAUCAUAUCCACAGUGCAACAAGAGAUGGCAAGAUUAGUAACAGCGCAAAACACCGUAGGCGACUUUGACCACCUGUGUUCUUUGCAAGCAUACUUGAUCUACUUGAUCAUAUCAUACUUCUUCCCCAUCGACGCCAACAACUCGCUAGUGAACGAUUCUGCCAUGGUCACUCUACAAGAACAGGCCUUUCACGCCGCCAAAGCCGGGGUCAGCUGUACUACCGAAGUCUCCAGAACCCGACCGAACUGGGAAUCCUGGAUCGUGGCUUCUGCGAAACGGCGGACCCUUUUUACCAUGUACCUCUUCAGCAGCGUAUACAAUGCUCAGAAGGGACUUCCGAAUUUCGUGGCUGACGAGCUGAGCAGUCUUGCUGUGCCCGAGGGCAAAGCUCUUUGGGAAGCGCCUGAUCGUGGCUCGUGGGAGCGAGAGUAUAAUCGGCACUUGUCGCGGUGGGAGGAUGGCAUACUGAAAAUAUCGGAGCUGUGGCGGUCAUCUCAGACCGGGUCAGAGGAGCGGAGGAAGAGAAUCGAGCGGUGGUUGCAGUCGGCAGAUGAGUUUGGGAUGAUGCUUUUUGCGGUUUGUGCUCAUAUCCAUGGAUGUUAG